AUGAACAACGUCCGCUCCAUUACCGCUCUCAACGACUACGAGCUCCAGCGCAUCGCCCGCGACCCUGCCGCCUCCUCUUCCAAGGGCUCUUGGCAUGACGAGUACAGAGACUCGGCCGUGGUCUUUGUCGGUGGUCUCGACUCGGCAUUGACCGAAGGAGAUGUGAUCACAAUCUUCUCUCAGUACGGCGAGGUGCUGGAUAUCAAUCUUCCCAAGUGGGCUCAACCCCGACCUGAGGGACAGGGGCAGGGACAGGGACAGAGCGAGAGGGAGAGGGCAGAAGCGCAAGCUCGAGUUGGCAAGAGGAGGGGAUUUGGUUUCCUCCUCUACGAGGAUCAGAGGAGCACGAUUCUCGCCGUGGACAAUCUCAAUGGUGCUCAGGUCCUGGGCAGAACACUCAGGGUGGAUCACGUCAAGGAUUACCGACAACUUGAAAAGGAUGAAGCGACGGGGAAGAUGAGGGAGGCAGAGGAGAGGAGGCUCAAUGCCCAGCCCGUCCUUGAAGGAGCCUUGCCGAAGGGUGCCGAUGGCGGCAGAGGAGAGGGUGAUGACAGCUCAGCGGGCUCGGCAUCGCCCGCCCCCUCCAUCGACCUGGAGGACCCAAUGGCAUCAUACUUUGCCCACCAAAAGAAGUCGGGCAAGAAGAGGACCAAAGCGGUGGAAGAUGCUGAAAAGGCCGCCAAGAAGGCGAGGAAGGAAGAGAGGGCUAGGAUCAGGGAGCAGAGGGAACAGAGGAAGCGAGAGGGUGACAGAGCCAAGAUGGGGCGGGACGAUGAUGGUACUGAGCGCAGCUCUUCCAGGAGAUCAGAACAAAGGGAAAGUAGUCGUAGGAGCCUCAGUCCGAGAAGAAGAGACUACGAUGAGAGGGAGGAUCGUUACCGGUCACACGAGAGAGUAGAUCGAUCGAGGUACAGAGAGGGUCGAGAUGACAGGCGGUAUGACAACCGCUACAAGGACAAUGACUACGAUCGUGCACGGAGAGAUGAUCACAGACGAUAA